GUUAGAGAGGAGGUCACAUCUGUAUUUGCAAGUGUGUUCAUGUUGAAUCCAAAUCAGUUGUUGGAUUAUGACUAUUUGUGUGUCAUGACGGGCAUGAAGAAGUUAAAGAGACCAUCUGUGAGUAGUAGCUUCUCAUGGAAUGGACAAGAGGUUGCUUCUUUGGCAGGGCAAGGUAGUCUCUAUAUCAUGGCCAAUACAUCUUUGCCGUCAGCAAUUUCAUCCAGUGUAAGUUUUUACCAUUAUACUUAAACCAACUGAAUCGUUGGUUUUGUUAAACAGUUAUUAUUAUGCAUUUCUGUAUUGUGAAACAAAUUGAAAUGAAUUCCGUGCUGUGUACGUAUUUGUUUUUUCAUGGGAAAAUUUAGUUCAAUGUCACAAUUUGACUGCACUUAAACUUUCGAUGAUUGAUUUUCAAAACACAAUUCAAUACAGAGUUUUUGUGUUCAUUCAACCAAAAACCCCCAAAAAGUCCAGAAAAAAUCUAUGUGUGGCAUAUUACCAAUUUUCAAUAACCUCCCCUUCAAGAAGAGUUACAGUAAACAAAAUAAUAACUGGAAUAAAUACUUUGUAAAAUUAUGUAGACUCUGAACAUUGAAGAUGAAGAGCCUGAACUGGAAGAAGGGAUUCAGCCUAUAAACAAUGCAGCAGAGGAGGAAGAAGAAGUACAAAUUACCGAAACGGUAUUGUUAAUAGUUAUACCUGUAUCUGGAGGGAUUAUAGUUGCCAAUAAUAUUUUCAUACUGUAGCUUGGUUUAUCUUUUGUUUUCAUGAGGUAACAGUGGGUCCAAGGGUGGAUUUUCAUUCUUUAAAAAGGGGGGGAGGUGGUGGUAAAAUUUCUAGUGGUGUGCACGCGGCACCACUGACCAAGUUUUGGCAGGGGUUAGUCCGUUAGACGUUAGAGACUUUCACACAAAAUGGGUUACAGGGGUUCUAGGAGGGGUUUAACACCCCUCCUCCCGUAAAUCUGCCCGUGAAUGAGCACAAGGAAGCUAUACAAGGAAGCUAUGUGUGAUGUUGUUGGAGUAGUAGUCUUACAUUCAUAUGAAUGCAGUCUUGAUAGUAGAUUCAAACUAAGGGGCAGUACUCACGAGCAAGUCCAGCUUACAUUCCUUGCAGUCAGUAUUAAAAAUUGGCAUGUUAAAUUCCUGGAUGCAAACUUUAAUUCUUUUUUACUUUCCAGCUUACAUUCAAGGCCGACAAGAGGGGGAGGGGGUCAAAACACCCAGGGCCCGAAGUGCUCAGAGGGGCCUGGAAAUCGUCGUGAUCGAUCGUAAAACGUACCAAAUGUGGAAUAAACGAUUUUUUGAUCAUUUUCUCAGCAAAAACAGUUAGGUGAACAUCGUUCACAUUGCCUUUUUAUCAGUUAUGCGGCGAUUUCUUGCAAGUAAUUCGCUGGUAAUUCUCUUGAUGAUUAAUUGCGAUUAAAAGUAGACUUAGAAGUACUGACCGAGUAGACUCUGACACGCGGUCAUACUAUAGAUUGCUCUCGAUUAUUUUCAAUUUUUAUGACUUUGUCUUUCGCUAUUACCUAUUCUACUGGUAUUAUUGAUCAAGGUUUUGAUUGUUGGACGCGGCACGAAGAUCAGAUUACUUUAUUGUGCCAGGAUUGGAACUCAAAAUGCUAUUAUCAGGUGAUUCAUCUCGAAGGCGUUAUUCCGAAGCGGCGUUUCAACUUGACGGGCUAUUCAAGAGAGAAGAUGUCAAAUGCAGUCGCCCCCUAUUACAAUAACUCUACAGCAUCGUUUAGGCAAGUAAUUAAACUUAUUCACGACGUUGAAACUAACCCUGGACCGGACAAUUAUUCUGUUAACCAGCAGAAGAAUUCAACAGAUUUAAAGAUAGCUCAUCUCAAUGCUCGCUCUUUAAAAAUCGACAUCAUUAUUUACUUAUCAAAGAAACGAUCUUGUCGAAUAAAUUCGAUGUUUUUACUGUAUCUGAGACGUGGCUCGACAGCAAAAUUACCGAUUUAGAAAUUGAAAUACCUGGCUAUAAUAUUUAUCGUGUUGAUCGAGAAAAUAAAACCGGCGGCGGUGUGUGUAUUUAUGUACGUCAAAUCUACAAAACAAUUUGCCUAAGAGACAUCUCGUCGAUUUCUGCGUCAGGUUUUCAUCAACUUUGGUUGAAGGUACAGGUCAGGCACUUAAAAUCCAUCAUAAUAAGUACUGUCUAUCGACCUCCUAAUACACCGACAUCAUGUUUCGACUCAGAUCUUGCAGCAAAUUUUGUUUAUGCUUCAUCUUUAUGCGCACCUAUUUACAUACUGGGUGACUUAAAUUGUAAUCUUCUGAAACCCGAAGCUUCUGACUGCAAAGUCCUUGGAAAUUUUUGUUCAUCAUACAAUCUAACACAGUUGAUUAGGGAACCUACGCGAGUUACUGAACAAACUAGUUCGCUUUUGGAUAUUAUCCUUGUAUCUGAUAUUAAACAAGUAAGAGAAUCCUUUGUCAAGCACAGCUCGGUCAGUGACCACGACUUGGUUUAUUUAACACUUCGAUUAAAAAAGCCUCGUACAAAACCGGUUUAUGUAAACAUUAGAAGCUUUAAACAUUACAAUCGAGAAGCUUUCUAUAAUGAUAUAUCGCAAGCUCCGUGGUCUGUUAUAGAUGUAUUUACUGACAUUGAUGAUAAAGUAAAUGCCUUCAACACUAUGUUUAAUGAUAUAUUAAAUCAACAUGCUCCAAUAAAAUCCAUCAAGGUAAAAGGGAAACCAAAUCCUUGCGUUAAUGAAAACAUUCGUGCAUUGAUGAAAACAAGAGAUCACUGGCGCAAACUUGCCCAAAGGUCAAAUGAUCCCUUGGCGUGGUCUGCGUACAGAAAUUUUCGUGGAGAAGUUAAGCGUGAAAUUAAACUAGCCGAGCGUGAAUUUGUAUUAAACCAGAUAGAGAAAGAUCCAGGUAAUUCUAAUAAUAUCUGGAAAUCUAUCCGCUUAUGCAUUCCUAAAAAAUCGUCUUCGCAAAGAAUUUUCAGUCAAGAUGAAAAAACCGUAGCAGAAGAGUUUAACAAUUUCUUUGCUUCUGUCGGCAAUAAUGCGGUUCAUAAAAUCAAUGAUUUGGCAAACGAAUUUGGGUUUGAUUGCGACCGCGACCGUUUUACACCAAGACAAUACCCUUUAACGGAACAAUUUUCAUUUAAAGAGGUCGAGCCAGCCAUAGUAGGAAGUAUAAUAUCUUCAAUGCCUAACAACAAAGCACCGGGCGGUGACAAAAUUCCCAUUCGAGUGAUUAAGGAUUGCAUUGUGCCCAUUUUACCAGUAAUAACAUCAAUUAUUAACACUUCACUAACUACGUCAGCCUAUCCUAUAGUUUGGAAAAUUGCCGAAGUUGCACCAAUUCCAAAGGGAAAGGAUCACCCGGAAGUGGCGAAUAAUAACAGACCAAUAUCAUUAUUACCUGUUUUAUCAAAGGUUUGCGAAAGGGUUGCCUAUAAUCAAUUUGUAGAAUAUCUUACGUUGAAAAAGCGGCUUUCAAGUAAGCAAAGUGGUAACAAACGUGGAUUCUCGACCGAAACUUUGUUAAUUAAUAUCACAGACUCCAUACUAAAUGCUAUAGACCAAAAGAAAGUUACAUCUCUGGUCUUAUUGGAUAUGAGCAAAGCAUUUGACUGUGUUAAUCAUAAUCUUUUGAUGUCAAAGUUACAAGAUAUGGGUGGUUCACAAUCGUGUUUACAAUGGUUCAGUAGUUAUCUCUCCAACAGACAGCAGGUUGUACGAAUAAACAGUACAGUAUCGGAUGCCUUGCCUUUGACGAACGGCGUGCCGCAGGGAAGUAUCCUUGGGCCUUUACUUUUUAACAUCUAUGUCAACGACCUCUCAACUGCACCUCAAAACUGUGAUCCACAUUGCUACGUAGACGACACAGGUCUACUGCACUCCUUUAAAGCUCAGAGUAAAUCUUUCGCUAUAGAGAAUAUUAACGAGGAUUUGACUAAAGUCCGAAAUUGGUGUUUUAGCAAUUGCCUGCUUCUGAACCCUGAAAAGACCAAGUUAUUGGUGUUUGGGAGCAGACAAAUGCUAUCUAGACUACAAGACUUUUCCCUGACACUAUUGGGAAAAGAAAUAAACCCUAUCGAAAUGGCAAAGGACCUUGGCGUGACUCUGGAUGUUAAUUUAACCUACAACCCCCAUAUUAAUAAGACCGUCUCCACGU